AUGAAGACCAAUAUCGGCAACUGCAUUGAGACUUCUGGCAUCGCAAGCUUGAUCAAGACGUUCCACAGCAUCAGGUGGGGCAUUGUGUGCGGGAACAACCACCUGAACCAGCUGAACCCACACCUGGACAUUUCAAGCUGCCCGCUCCUGAUGUGCACCGAGCCCACGGAGCAGAAGCUCAGCGCCGUCUUCGUGGGCGUCUCCUCCUGGGGUUUCGGAGGAACCAACGUCCACUUGCACUGCUACGGAGGCGUGGACGAGGAGAUCCGCCUUCCGCCAGAGCCAACCCCACAGGAGCUGAGACCAAGGCUGUCUUACUGGCCGAGUGGCGGUGGCGACCUGGGAAGCAUGAGCCGGCCGCGGAGGGGAUUCUUCAUCAUUGGCUCAUGGAGUGGCUGGACCGAGCCGGAACCGAUGGAGGACGAAGGGGAUGGCUGCUAUGGCUACACGCUUGUCCUCGGUGAUACGAGAUGGGAGCAAUUCCAGCUGCUCAUUGACAAUAGCUAUUCCAAGGUGUUACAUCCACAGCGGUACAAGGCGCCCAAGGGAACCGAGGUGUUCGGGCCAACCCGUCAGGAGGAGGUCAUGCAGGACAGCACUUGGUUCGUGGAUGGACGGCCCAACAACACCCAGAUCCGUGCCAUCACGGCUUCAGCAGGUGCGACGGCGGUGGCGACUCCAGAGCCUUUGACCUUCACCAACGAGGACGAGGGCCUGCCAGGUCAGCUGUACCGCAUUCGCUUGCAUAUUGCUGGCAAGUGGAGAACGGUCACAUGGGCGAAAGCCAAAGAGGCUCCGCAGGGCCUUCUCGCCCUCAAAGGACCCGAGGCCAAGUACUACGUCGCAGGGAGCUGGAAUAACUAUCGUUUCGAAGAGAUGACGGCCGUGAGCGAUGGAACCUACACGUGCGAGGUGUCCCUGUCCUCUGGCCCCAAUCGGUUCCAGAUCACAAGAAAUGGUGACUGGCACCAAGCUAUUUUCCCAGUGUCACCAAAUGCUGGUCCAACCGUUGAGAUCGAAGGGCCAAGCGAUCGGAAAGAUCGACACUGGUUAGUCAGCGCCACUGCCGGCGAGAAGCUGAAGAUCACGUUCCAGCGCAGCAUCGAUGCCUCCGGCAGCAGCAAGAUGAAGGUGCUCUGGGAGAAGUUGUAG